CAGUCACCGCGUUUCCCAUUCGUUCUCCAGGCACCGGAGCACUCCGGAGGAUACAUCCGACCCGCAAGCCACCCCUGACCCUCAAAAACCCUCGGGAGAAAAAUAAAUCGAGAGUUCAAGUGAAAGAAAAACCCGAAAACCCCAAUUUUCCCGCGAUUUAAUCAAAAAAAUUAACUCCCCCGUCGCUAAUUAAUUAAUUAAUCAGCAAAAUUGUUGAUAAAUCGCGGAGUGCGGUGAGGGGACACGAGGGGGUCUCCAGGAGCCGAGGAGGAAGAGUUUCUUCCUCCUUAACCCGCCCCAGAGUGAAAGUGAAAGAGUGAAAAAAUUGGGAAAAAAUGAUUUUUCCAAAUUUAAAAAUGAAUAUCUGUGCUUUAAUUGUUGUUCAUGUCGUGAGUGAACUGUACGGGGUGCGGGCAACUCGCACCAGUGGACUUUACAUCGACAAUGGACAGGAUCAGACAGUGGUACAUCGUGUUGUGACGCAGCGGGAGAAGCGCGAAGUUGAGCAUGAGAUUCUCAAUCUUCUUGGGCUACCGGACAGGCCCAGGAGUACCGUUGGCAAAGUACCCCAGGUUAAGAGGUCAGCGCCAAAGUUUUUACUUGAUAUUUAUAAAAAUGCACUCGGUGAGGAUGAGAAACCGGUCGCACGUAGGGGCAAGAGCGACGGUGAGUUCGACCUCACGGGUCAGGAUCUCAGGGCCAUCGACCAGAGCGAUGUCAUCAUGACUUUUCAAGCGCACAAUCAUCAUGUACCCGGCGUACGUCACGAGCGUGGGAAAAGACUGUGGUUCGAUGUGUCGGAAGUGCCACCGGAGGAGAAAAUAAUCGGUGGGGAACUGCGACUCUAUCGAACUAUGGAGGUAAAACACCGGAGAAACCGAGGGUCCUUCGUGAUAACGGCCUAUCGAGUGCUUCGAAUAGCUGAUGGGACAAAAGAACUUCAAUAUGUGGAUUCUGUUAACACGACGACAAACAAGGAAGGCUGGUUGACUCUAAACGUGACAGAGCCCCUAGUCCACUGGGUAAACAAUUCAAAAGGCAAUCGUGGAUUUUAUAUCUCCGUACAUCCAGCAGAUCGUUCGGUGCACGAACUGAAACCGGAAGAUGUUGGUAUCGUUGGAUUUCGUGGUGAUGCCGACAAACAGCCCUUCAUGGUUGGUUUCUUCAAGAGUUCUGGGGUACGUGAGAAAAAAGUCAGACAGAAGAGAGAUGCGAGGAGGAGAAAGAAGAGUGAUGCCUCGAGCUUGGAGUACAGAAAUCCUUACACAGAUCCAGCAAUUCAAUACAACUCCAGAACAUGUAAAAUUCAGACCCUGUACGUCAGCUUCAGAGAUCUCCAGUGGCAGGAUUGGAUUAUAGCGCCGGAUGGCUACGACGCUUAUUACUGCAGUGGCGAGUGCAAUUUCCCGUUGAAUGCACACAUGAAUGCAACGAAUCAUGCUAUUGUGCAGACACUUGUGCACUUGGUUAAUCCGGGAAAGGUACCAAAGCCAUGCUGCGCACCCACUAAACUGUCAGCCAUAUCUGUACUCUAUUUUCUAGACGAGAGCAAUGUUAUUCUUAAGAAGUAUAAGAACAUGGUGGUGAAGAGCUGCGGGUGUCACUGACUUUGCCCUGGAGAUUCCUCAAUUUGAUAUUUCAUUCGUAUGAAAUUAUCCCCAGGAAAAUUUGGCUCACGAGGAAAUGUUAAAGACCAUUUUUUGUUGGAAAUUCAAUGAUCUACGAAAAAUGUUCUAUGACAUUUUCGCCGAAAUCCACUGAAAAAAUGUCAAGCUCGACUUGACGUGAAAAACGUAAAUGAAUAAGAGGAAAUAAUAAAGAUCGAGAGGAAAAUAAUUUUUCUCAUAAGCAUAUCCGAGUGAUUCCACUGCUCUGAGCAAUAAAAAUAUUCAUGAGACGAUUAUGAGAUUCAGGGGAAGAGGGAGGAGCUGAUGCACGUGAUUUCCAUGGCGCACGCCUCAAUCAACAAUAGAGGAAUUGAAAAUGGGAAAAUUACUAGGUGUCAAGUGGGUGGGAUGUAUUGACAGUCUCUGAUCACUGUAUUUUCAAUUGUGCAACACAAGUAAUUUUUUAUUCCUCAAGUUUACUCAUGAUUUUUGCAAUAAUUCGUCGAAUGCAUGAGUUUUCUGAGGAUCUUUCACACCCACUUGCGACACCCUGUGCAGUGGAAAUUUAUUUUUCAAGUAUCUUGAUGUGUAUAAAUCUUAAGAUUUCUCAUUAUUUUUUUACUAUAUUACUCUGUGACGACGGCGACUCAAUGCAAAUGUUUAGGGUAAGAUUUUUAAUUAAUUAAUUGUUUGAUUUCAUGUUUAAUGAUUAUCACUGUACAUAUACUAUGUAAAUACGUUCGAUGUAUGACGUACAAUAUAUCUCUUUUUCAACAAAAAU